AUGGCCGUUUUCCAAUAUAGUGUAUCUGAAAAUUGUGCAGCAAGACAUCAUAUAUAUGCAGGAACUCAGAAUUCAGCUGUGUCGGGAAGGGUUUGUGUAAGAUGGAAAAUGCAUGUUUCUAGGCGGUUUAACGAGUAUGAUUUUCCCGACCAGAAUUUGGGAGAAGCAAACAACUACUGCCGGGAUCCGACAGGGGCAGGAUUUCAGUGGUGUUUCACCACUUUUCCUGGAAAGUCAUGGGAAAUUUGUAAGGUUGACUGUGGUUGUAAUACAGUUCAGUUCACGUGUGGUAAUGGUGUAUGUAUACACGUCAGUCUGGUAUGCAACUUUAUCAGUGAUUGUGCAGACUCUUCUGAUGAACUCUGUGAAUUCCCAGAAUGUGGUGAAGAUGAAUACACCUGUGCAAGUGGUCAGUGUGUACCAUCAUAUCAAAGAUGUGACGCCUUUGAAGAUUGCUGGGACGGAACGGAUGAAAAUGACUGCCAAACUUGUAGUUCUCCCGCGGUUUUCAACUGUGAUUUCGUGCGAUGCCUGCCUUUGAGACUUGUUUGUGAUGGAUACCCGGAUUGUGAGGACAGAAGUGAUGAGUCAUCAUGUGAAAUAAGUGACGUCAUUUCCUGUAAAGAAUGGUGGGAGGCUGGAUAUAGGGAAACAGGCGAGUAUGCAAGUGAGUUCGAAAUAAUUCCAAGUGCAGUAACGGAUAAAGUGACAGUUACAUGUGACUUUACCUCAGUGACGGGCAAGCAAAUAAUUUACACAAUUUUCCGUCACGUUGACCUUAUGGAAUGGAAAGGACAGAAAGUUUUCUAUACAAGUUUUGAUAAAUAUGAAAGCCUGGCUGAACCGCAUGAUGACGUUUUUGGAUUUCUUAUUACUGCGGAUGACACGACUAACUGUACACAACAGGCUCCUCUUGAAGGCCUCGACGCUGUCAGACAUGACGGUUUCUUCCGGGAGCUGGUUCCAGAGUCUGGAGGCGGAGGGGAAGAAGGAAUAGUACAGGGCAUCUAUGCCACAAAACAGAAAAUAGAAUUUCAUGGAGUGGCCACGGGUGUUGAUGGAGGUAGGAUUGAAAAACCUCCCUGGUGGUGUGAUGCCGACGAGGCAGUGGACGAUUAUGUACGUCAUGACCAGCUUGGCGUUGAAGCGACGAUCGAGAAGGGGUUGCCAGCCGAUGUCAGCAAUCAUCUGACUAGUGCUGCUAGUAGUGCGGUAGUCACCCUUUACGAAGCGUGCUGCGCGUCUCUGGACAGCCUCAAGUCUGUCGAUGUUGGUCUGAGUGUGCGGAUCCCAUGCAGUGCUGGCAUACUCAAGGAUAGGCCUGACGAGGGUCUGGUAACACUGUGCCUUGACUUCCUGAGGGCAACUCGUCAGGUUUUUCCUGAGGAAGGCGAGGCUGUUGUUCGCCUUUCUAGCAGUGGUUGCAACGUGGGCCAUGAUCUGGCUAUGGAUUAUGUGCUCAACAAGCUUACUGCAGACAGAGGUGAGGGAUAUGGGCCGAUAGUUGGCAGGAUCGCUGUGAUCUCCCUUCUUGAAAAUGGGCGUGACAUUUGCAUGCCGCCAGUCGGUGGUAUAAAUGCCAGAAUUGCAGAACUUGCUGAUUAUCUCCCUUCAGACCAAUUUCUCAAUGAACUGUUUGGUAUUGACGAAGAGUUAGUGUCCCAGUUUGACAAUGGCGAGAUGACAAAAAAAUUCUAUAUUGACGUUGAUCACAUUGACUCAAUACAGGUUGUAGAAGCUGUAACAAAUGAACUACAGACUUUAUUCCAUAACGCCUACACUGCAACUUUCCCAUCUAAAGCAAAUACAUCAGCUAAUUUCAACAGGGUUGACAUUUGGCAGAGUGGUCUUGCUAGCUCUUGUGAUGGUUCCUUCAGGAUCUUUUUGUUAUCGUUUUCAGGUCCUGCAGCUUUAUCUACUAUUGUACAGUCGUGCGUUCCACCGUUUGACGCGGCGUCUUCAGUAGACGAUCUGUACUACAACCAGUCCUAUAUAUACUGUCGGUGUUUAAAUAUAACAAUUGGAAUAGAUUAUUGGGAACCAACUAUCAAUUUUGCUAGUGACUGUGACACAGGUGACCUUCUAAAUGAGGAUGAAAAAGACCAUAUUUUAUUUAAUUACACUUACACCGUCAAUCACAGAGUAAUUUCUUGGAAGAAUAUGGAUAUACCAUCCGAGAGUCUUCGUCUUCAGAUAGGUCCUGCUAUAUGUGAGGAAUGGUAUUACUCGAAUGUAUCAACAAUCGGUUGCGGAGAGGCACGUAAUGUGUUUGAUAUAUCAAUGCAGUGCGUCUACGACACUGACAGAACGGGAACUGUUGUAGGAUGUAGAAGUGGAUCACACCUUCAAAACUGCAAGUACCAUGAAUGUGCAGAGGGCACGGUGAAAUGUCCUGAUAGCUACUGUAUACCGCUGAGGUUUGUCUGUGAUGGUGUGGAACAGUGUCCAAAUGCCGAGGACGAGUAUGAAUGCGGCUGUGACGAUACAGAGAGAGAAGUCAUUAUUGUACAUGAGGAUUCCGAAUUCAGAGAACCUGACGUAAUCAAAAUUGCGAGACAAUUAUAUUCAACAAAUGGUAUUGUUAGAAGUGUGAUGUACAAAUCGGAAGAAGUUCCACAAGGCAUUCUCUUCAACCACAGAGUUAUGCAUAUCAAUGACAAAGAAAUUAAGCCAUUUAACCUUUUCAAUAGAGAACAUACAUGUGAAUACAAAGUUUUAGCAAAUGACUUUAUGGAUGUUAUACAGUUUUCAAGAAAGACAUCACGCAGUAUACUGUUUAUACAGAGUAGUCCGGAAUCAGGUGUAAUAGCUAGUCUGAUGUUUUCAAAUAUUACGAAAAUGCCGGAUUUUACAGUUUAUAGGAUAAUGGAGGGUGUCGAUACUGCAAAAAGUCAAUUUCCUUAUGUUAAAGAUGUAUAUGUAAAGAACUGGAAUGUUAUGUCAACCUUAGCUGCAAGAUAUUUGCCGAAACUAUGUAAAGAAGCCACAAUGACCUAUUGUCCAGACGCUUAUACAUGUGCAUCUAGCAAAAUGUGUGUGCAAUUGUCAGAAGUUUGCGAUGGUUACAGACAUUGUAUUCAUGGCGAUGAUGAAUUUCUUUGUAAUUUUACCUGUCCAUCUGAAUGUGUGUGUAAUGGUUUGGCAGUUUCUUGCAAAGAUCGUGAUUUUCAUAUCAUUGAUAUUAGGGGAUUUCCAAAAUUGACGCGAUUGUUAGAAUUAAGCAAUAUGAAAAUACAUGUUCCUUUAUCUGAGACUUUACUUGAUUUUCCAUACUUAUACCUCUUAAACUUUUCCGGAUCUGGGAUAGAACGAAUAGAGCAGAACGCGUUUAUUAAACUCUCAAAUCUUAGAAUACUUGACAUUAGUAACAACAAGUUAAUCGCGCUUUCAGCUGACACUUUUGCAGGUUUAAAACAACUUCAAAUUUUGAUUCUAGAAGGUAACAGUGAUAUCGCAUCUUUGGAUCCAUUUGCGUUUAAAGAUCUUGUGACUGUCCGUGUUUUACGUAUAACAGGAACUAAAUUACGAACUAUCCGGUCUAACACCUUUGCGGAUUUAAAUCUUGAAAUACUUGAUUUACGGAACAAUGACAUUCAAGAAAUUGAAGAAUUUGGUCUUGGCAAUCUUGCAGUAAAUCACAUACGUUUUCAAGGGAACGACAUAUCAAGCUUCCAUAAAGGCGUAUUUACCGGGGUUUCUUCGUUAAAGUCAUUGCAGACAUCGGCUUACAAAUUUUGCUGUAUACGGCCAAACUAUGUUCCGGAGAAAAAAUGUUUUCCACAAAAAGAUGAAUUUUCAUCCUGCGAGGACUUGAUGAGAAUUUCUGCCUUACAAACUAUGCUUUGGCUUAUAGGGCUUUGUGCCCUAAUUGGAAAUAUAUUAUCUGUCAUUUACAGACUGAUUUUUGAUAGACAAAGAUUACGUCUUGGAUACGGUAUCUUCGUUACAAAUCUUGCUGUUGCCGAUUUCCUGAUGGGGAUAUAUCUCAUGAUUAUAGCCGUAGCGGAUGCAGUUUUCAGAAAAAGGUAUAUCUUUAUGGACGACUAUUGGCGAAACAGCCCAUGGUGUACAUUUGCUGGCGUGCUAUCAACACUGUCAUCAGAAGCAAGUGUAAUGUUUUUGUGCCUCAUUACUCUAGACAGACUCCUAGUCAUCAAAUACCCGUUUGGCCAGGUGCGAUUCGACACACGAAAAGCAUUAAUGGUAUCCAUUGCUGCAUGGAUAACAUCGUUGUUUAUUGCACUGUUCCCUCUCAUGCUAACUGCCUAUUUCCAGAAUAGAUUUUACAACAAGUCUGGUGUUUGCAUUGCUUUGCCGUUGACAAGGGACCGCCCUCCUGGUUGGCUGUAUUCCAUGUUGGUUUUCAUCGGUCUCAAUUUUGCCACAUUUCUACUAAUUGCUGCCGGUCAGUGGUUGAUUUACAUGGAAAUUAGGAAAUCAAGUAGUCUCAAAAUGUUGAGGAAAUCACAGUCAAGGAAAAAAGAUCUAACCGUUGCAAGAAAUUUGCUGUUGGUGGUUGCUACUGACUUCCUGUGCUGGUUCCCAAUCGGAUGCAUGGGUCUGAUGGCGAUGUCAGGUUACGUCAUUUCCGGUGACGUGUAUGCAUGGGCAGCUGUGUUUAUUCUUCCCGUUAACUCAGCCCUCAAUCCUUUAUUAUACACACUUACCGCCAUUCUUGGCAAAAAGGUGACUGGAGAUAUACAGAUUCGACAUGAGCCUUUCUUGUGCGCGAAAAUGUCUGACAAAACAGAAGACGUCUACUGUCUGGGCUUAUUCAUUAAGAAACUGAUUUUAAGGAACUUCAAAUGA